AAGCACGGGCACGCAAGACCUUGACUCCAUCGAUCCCAGGCAAGGCACCGAACCCACGCCCAUGGCGGCAGCAGCAUCGGUUGCCGGCCGCCGCCUUCCCCGCCUCGCCCUUUACCUUCCCCUGCGUCUCGCGCGAAAGGUGCCCGGGCCCUCUGGCGGUGGCGCAAGUGCGAUCGCUGGCAGGGAGCUCCCCCCCCCUUUGGUGUUUGCGGGGGUGGAGGUUUCGCUCCGCGACCUGGGAGCCGACGACGCGGAGCGGGCCGCAUCCGUCGACCUGCUGGCCCGCGCCGGAUUUGACGCGGUGGUCCGCAUCGAUACCAGCAUCCACCCGUCCGGGGUGCGGAGCGCGAGCCGUUCAGCCGCCGCAAUGGCGUCCCGGUCGGUGUCGGACCACCUGGAAUCCUUCGCACGGCAGCUGGAGGCCGUUUCGGGCCUCGGCGGGGGCGUGGCGCACGUCACCGUGGAUUGCCGCGGUGGCUGCGACAGCGGGGACGCGGGCCACCGCCGCAACCGGGCCGUCCCCUUUGUCUGGAACGAGGACACGGCCCUGGAGUACGUCCUCGGGGCGGUCCCUCUUUCCGCGCGGUUCCUCGAGGACCACCCCUUCAUCGGCGAGCGCGGGAACGAAACCGACGGCAUGGGGGGAUCCCCGUCCCACCUCACGGGGAUCACCCACGAAUACUACGAUGCGUCCAACGCAACAGCGACAACCACCGGGAACGCCGGUGGCAGCAGGGUAUUGCUGAACAACCUCGAUAUCACCAGGCACUUGCUGGAAAUCCUGCCCCCCCUUCGGUUGUCCAUGGACGAUGCAUCGGGGCGCCAUCCGUACCACCGCGAUUCUUCCGCAAUGACGAACGAGGGAACCAACGACAACCACGGCGACGAGGCAGAAGCCUUCUGCCUGGAAGUCUUGCCCCACAUCGAUCUCAUCCGCACCAAAGCCGCCGCGGCACCGAUCGCGCCGCCUGCGUCCUUGGACCAACCACGCAAGGAUCGCAAUGCUUCGGCAUCCGAAACCACAACGGAUACUGCGUUUUGCAUUCCACCCCACAGGGCCUCCCUGUGGAAGGACCUCUGGACCCGCAAGGAAGCCCGUGGGGUGCAAGAAGUGGCCAUGAUUCUCGAAGACAGCGAUUUCUAUGGCAACCAGGGCAAUCUUGUUGCUGCUACAAGCGAAACACGAGCGGAAGAACAAGACGAAAACGAGAGGGAGCGACGACUGAACGGGUUUGCUCGGGAGAUUCACGGGUGUUUCGAGCAUUGGUCGUCUGGAUUUUCACCAACUAGCUAGAUUGCUGCUAGCCCACAAGACAGCCUCCACCGCACCCGUGCCGUGUGUGCGUACACACUCACCCG